UUGUGAUUUCUACCUUUUUGUCUUACCUUAUCAUUUAUCACACAGUUACUUUCUUCCCCUAAUAUCAACGUUAUUACCAUCCAUAUAGAGUAAUCAAUUGAUUCUUGGUUAAUUGUGAAAAUAUUUUUCUAUCACUGUUUACAAUUUAAUUUGAAUUUCAUCAAUUCAAUUUCAACCAAAUUUAAUUUACGUACAAAGCUAAAUUAACUUAAAAACAUGACGGUUUGGGACUUCGCAACCCCAGACUCUGCUCUACCUUGCUUCAAGUAUUUCAUUUUUGGAUUUAAUUUUGUGACUUGGUGCCUUGGAGCAACUUUAUUAACCGUUGGAAUAAUAAUCAGGACCGAUGAUACUUUAUAUGAAUACACUAAGGCACUUGAGAUCCAACGGUACUACAUUUCAACUUACAUUUGUAUGGCAAUUGGUGCUUUAAUCAUUAUCAUUUCUUUCAUUGGUUGUCUCGGUGCUGCCGUUGAGAGUCCAUGUCUUCUAGCCUUCUAUGUUUUUAUUACUGGUAUCUGUAUGGCUUUGGAAGUUACAUGUUGUGUCUUGGUCUGGAAAACUGCUGGCGGUGAAGCUCUCCAAGCGGAAUUGACCGAGCAAAUGCUGAAUCACAUACGAAUGUUUAAUACAAAUUUGGAUUCUAAAAGAUUCAUGAAUUUGAUUCAGUACAGACUUGUAUGUUGUGGAGCUCGCGACCGUUUGGAUUAUGAAAACUAUGGCCUGGAUGAUCCGGCUUCGUGUUCAUCAGAAAGAACCAAUAACAUCAAUAUCAGGAGUUGUGGUGAAAACCUUCGUCGUUAUCUUGAAAAGCGUGGUGGUGCUAUUGGUGGUAUUUCGGUGGGUUUAUUGCUAUUACACAUUUUCUCUCUUGGUUUCAAUGCUUGCCUAUUUUGGGGACUUCAUCAGCUAUCACGAUAUCGCUAUUAGAUCAACAUUGGCCAACAUUUUUUUCAUAAACUAUUGUAACCCCCCUUCAGCCUUUCAUAAACAUUUACUGCUAAGAUAUGGAAGCUGAACAAUUUCAUUCCUUUUCAAGUUAUUUCACGUAAAGACCUUUUUCUAUCAUACAUUCACCUUGACUUUAAUAGUUAACCAGUUUUCGCAUCGUUGGAAAUCGAUGCUUAUUUCAACCAACUUGACAAUUAUUCUCUUUAACCUAACCAAUAUGCGAAUAUAAUGAAAUUAACAGUAAAUGUACAUUUUUUACUCUAA